UUCGUAGUUUAUAUUUGUACCACUGUUGCCAGCGUUAUAAUGGCGAGUGUACCCAAACCAGCCCACAUGGCAAGUCUCCUCCUCCUCCUGGUUACCCUGGUUACAGUCCCACUCUACCACCACCUCUCCUCUCCCUCCUCCUCCUCCUACAAGACCCACCUCUCCAACAAGAGAGUGCUGCUAUGUGGGAUAGGGUACGAGGUAGGUGAGCAGCUAGCGUAUCAGUUAGCAGAACAAGGUGCUAAACUUGUUAUCUUCUACAGAGCUGACGGCAGACAGAAAACACUCCUCAACCUCCAGAGAACGUUUGAGCUGACGGACGAUGUUAUACAGAUUAUACAGCCCCUUAUGAUGGCCCGGACCGACACUAAAGCUCAGGAGAUAAAAGAUACCGCACUGAAGAUGGGCAGCCCCCAGGUUGACAUAUUCCCUCUAGAUUUUGGUAAUGUUAGCAGCGCGCAGGUGGUAGUGGAUGCAGCUAUACAUCUGCUUGGGGGCCUGGACUAUGUGGUACUAAACCACGCUGACAUCCCCAGGGGCUUCUUCAUGAAGUCUCUGAAACUCCAGGACGUUGAUUUCCUGCUCCGUACAUUCACCGUGAACGUGUACAGUUACAUGGAGAUAGCCCUGAAAGCACUGCCGCACCUAGAGAAGACAUCAGGGCACAUGUUUGUAACUUCCUCAGUGCUGGGUGAGGUCCCCCAAUCUGGUCUCUCUGUUUUCUCCUCCACAAAACACGCUCUAAACGGGUUCUUCUACACGUUACAAGAGGAACUGAGGACACGAGGGUCGGGGGUGUCGCUGACUGUGGGGUCUCUGGGGGUCAUGAAGAGUCUUGAGCUGAAGGCUGUGAUGGAUGUGGGAGAGUCGAUGAUGGGAGGCAUCAGUGAAUGUGCCAAAGGCAUCAUGGACUCCAUGAUAACUAAACCUAGAACCUUUACUUAUCCAAUACUGCAGCCCAACUUUGCGAGAUUUAUGUGGUCAUUCUUUUCAAGUUAAUUAGCUCGCACGUGACCAUGUGCUAGUUAUCUGGGUGGGUUGCUCUGCUAUAUUUAGUUUUUGGCAGCAGCUUCUCAACGAAAAUUAUAUUACAUAAUUCAAAAUGUUGUCUUCCUUUUACAAAUAAUUUAUGACAUCACCAUUACUGAUUAAAA